AUGGACCUCACGGCGGAAGAUGACGAUCUCCUGAGCUACUUUCUGUCGGCUGAUGUCGCCGCAGAGCAGCCGCUGGAUGCAGUUCCGAUACAUGCAAUGGAAAGCCGCCAAGACGCUGAUACCAAUGAGCAAUUCUCGCAUGGACAGAUGGUUCUGUUAGCUCCCGAGCGCACGUUUGGCAGCGACGGCACAAGCAGUAGCGCCUCUUUCCAGCCGACGCAAAGUAGCAGUUUCAUGGAGAGUUCGAUGAUGCGUCCGUUGGUGAAUGAUGACGAUACGUCGUCGAGCAAUGGAGCGCUGGACACGGACGAGAAGCGGCAGCGGCGACUGGCCAGGAAUCGCGAGUCAGCGCGUCAAAGUCGUCGCCGCAAGAAGCAGUACCUGGAGCUGCUGGAGGAAAAGGUUUCCCAAUUGACGGAAAGCAUUGACACGACGCGGGCAAGUCAUUUAGAGCGUGCAGACGAGACGUUGAACCAGGUGCGGUCGAAUAUGUUGAAAAGUCUAGCGGCGGAUCGAAAAAGCGGCGGCUCGGAUGAGAUUGUUCAGGAAAAGAUUCGACAGGGUCUGAUGCUGAUACAAGAACGCUUUGGGCCAAAUAGUGUCGAGCGACUAGCUGUGAGGGACUAUAACUUCCGCCAGCUUGAUAAUCUACUGCUACCUCCAUACUGCCGAUUUCUCUUGUGGCUCAGUAUCCAGGACGGUUCAUUUUUUGAUAAGGAUGACGGAGUGGGAGCGAAAAACGCUGGAGACGCAACUGAGAAAAAGAAAGGCCCUGUUAUGGUGAAGAAAGACACCCUGUGGUCGACUUUGACGAGCGAUCUCGCUCUUACUUAUGAACAGGAUGAGAAACUGAGGUCGUUAUACAAGUCAGGCGACUCGAAGAGCAGUAAGUCGGAGCGCCGACGGGUGGCAAUGGCUGUGACUUACUUAUGCAAGCUGAAGCACAGUCUCGAGAAGCGCUCGGAGGCGGUCCAGAAACAAACAGAGAUGCUACACUCUAUUCUGACGCCAGAGCAGUCGCUCACGUAUUUGCGGUGGGUGGAUGCCAACCAGGACCGAUUGCCGAGCUUUGUCGACAAAACUGUGUCGGUGCCGAACACGGGUGCUUCCGAUGCUGUGCGUGCUAUUUUGAAAAAAGAUGACCGUGAUCUCACGGUGGAAGAUGUAACUGCGCUGCUGGGAGAGCUAUAG